AUGGCACAACCAAUUUCUCCGAGAAGGUCUCUCAUUUCAACUAGCAUCUACUCACUUGUUUCUUUCUCCAUGCAGCGACUCAGUUCAACUCGUCAUUAUCAUUCACAGAGGCCAGCACAACCAUACAAUUGUAAUGCUAAUGCCGAACCGCUAUACCGGUAUCGACCAGGCGGCUAUCAUCCUCUUGAAUUGGGCGAUACCCUGAAGAAUGGAAGGGACCAGAAGAGCGACUGCUAUGUUGCAGUAAAGAUCACGGUACCUGAGCUGGGAGAGAGCGGCGAGCUCAAGAUCUUAGAGGCACUGUCUGCUCUACCUAAACAUCAUCCCAGGUCGUCUCAUGUAAACCAACUGUUGGACCAUUUCACCCAUGUCGGACCCAAUGGUUCCCACGAUUGUCUAGUUCUGGAACUUGUAGGACCCAAUAUUGCGGAUUUUGUUGAAUUACACUGCAAAGACAACAGACUUCCAUCCAAGUUUGCCAAAGUAUUCGCGAAACAGGCGCUGCAAGGACUCAAUUUCCUCGCAAUUAACGAUAUUGGACAUGGUGAUUUGCACACUCGAAACCUUGCUUUAGUUGUGUCUGAUCUUGACUCUCUAAACGAACAAGACUUCAUUUCGAGGCUAGGGGAACCCAAGACAGGUUUAGUAACCAGAUCAGAUGGUGGGCCUUUGUCGCCCAAUGUACCAACUCAGAUUGUUCGACCUGCCUUCUUCCGCAAAAGAGAUAUCAUGCUGUCUAAUCCAUCAGUUAAGAUCAUUGACUUCGGAGAAGCCUUCUUUAGCAACAAUGCGCCAAGCACACUAAAUACCCCAUUGCCUGUACAAGCGCCAGAGAUUGUGUUUGAGGACCGGCUGGAUCGUCGAGUGGAUGUAUGGAGUGCUGGCUGUCUGAUCUUCGAACUCAUAACCGGGCAACCUCCGUUCGAUGUCGUCAUGUUAACUCCCUCUGUUCUCGUUGAGCAGAUGAUUGAGCUUGCCUCUGAUGAAUUACCGUCGAGGUGGCAGACCAAAUGGCAUAUGAUGCAACACGACGCGCUUCAAAAGGAUGAGGGCCUCACGCUUCAAAAAUGGCUACAAGAAACCUACUUUGACAAUGAUAAACAGGCAGAGUUCACGACGGAGGAAAUUGCGAGGCUAGCCGAAGCAAUUGCGGCCAUGUUAAAGCUUGAACCUUCUCUGAGAGCCACGUCAAGCGAAAUCCUCGCCCAAGAUUGGCUUCAAUAA